AUGACUGGCUAUAACGGAGGUGGUGGUGGCUACCCCCCUCCUCCUCCAGGCCACUACUUGCCUCCUUACCCGCCUUCUGCCCCCGGAUUCGACUCGGCGCGUCGUCCCCCGCCACCAUCCGGAUUUCCGCCUGGCCCACCACCACCGUCGGGCGGAUUCCCUCCUUUCCCUCCAGGAGGAGGAGGGUUCAACCAGGCCCCAGCUCCACUUCCACCUCGCCCACCCUUCCCCCCUGUCGAACAGUACAACCCUGUCACUUCGUCUUCGUUGCCGCCCAAACCUACCUUUACGUCGUACGACCCAUAUGUGCCCGCCGCAUACGACCCCAGCGCGCCCCAGAUCCAUGGGAACUCGAGCGGCGGCGGGUAUGUACCCCCACGUCCGCAGGCGCAGCCGCAACGGCCUCCAGCACGCUCCGGCACGGCAUCAAAUGAGAUCGCAGAUCUCCCUCUGCUCACGUCCCCGACCACGGCCACAAUCGGGUCGUACACGGCCAACGUCUACUCGCUCCCAGACAGUCAGCUGCCCAUCACGAAAUACGUGAGCGUCAACCCCGAUGAAGGCGUCGACAUUCACCGUGCCGUCUGCCAGAGUGGCAUCACCAAGUCGCUGUGGUACGCCGAAGCCUCAGUGCGCGCCGGUGAGGGCUGGGGAUCUGCCAUCGAAUGGGUCCUUGAGACGAGCAUGUCGGGCGCCAAGCUGCGCGUUUGUGCCGGCAACAAUGACUCACUGGGCACUGAGCUCAGCGCCAUCAUCAAGGCUGUCGAGGGCUUCUAUGACCAGCUCAAACAGUCCAUCCGUACAGCCAAGCCCAUGCUCCACGAGCUUGUGCUCUUCUGCAGUUCGCCAGCCGCCAUUGUCAGCAUCGACACGAGCUCGCGUCCCGAGAGUCUCCAGUUUUGCAGGCUCUGGGCCUCAGUCUGCACCGAAUUCGCGCGCGCGCACCUCACCCUCGUGUACCUCCCGAGCGGCAACAAUGAUGUUGAGGGGCUGGUCCUCGCACGCAAGAUUGCCGACGUCGCCUCGGCCAACAGCUACGCCAAGCGCAAAAAGGACCGCGUGAUCGAGGACAUUUACUACCGUCCAGGUGGCGGCGAUCCUGCUCCCCGUGGCAGCACCGAGGGUGGUCCGUGGCAGCGUGGCGACGCCGACCCAUCCCGUCGCAAGUCUCCCUUUGAACGUCCCCAGCCUCUGCCGUCCCCCGUUCCAGAGUACAGUCCAUCCCCCGUCGCUUCGCAGCCUCCCCAAUCGCCGAUUGAGGCUCCUCUCCCACUGCUGCGCUCCCCGUUCCCUCCCAACUCCACAUUGCUUCCCCCUGUGCCGGACGUGUCUGAAGAUGAACCGCUCCAACCCCGCGCAGGCGCUCUUUGCGUGACACACUUUCCUGAUAAAGCGUCUGCCAAGGAACUCGGUAUCUUGUUCGCCCAGUUUGGUGACAUCAAUUCCGUGGACAUCUUCUCUAUCCCUCCCGUCAAGCCUCGCUUUGCGUUUGUCACCUACACGGAACCCACCGUUUCGAUUGCGGGUGUGGUGGCGGCCCUUAACCACAAGCCCGUCAAGGUCGACCCUCAGUUUGCCGAGACGCAUGCCGAGCACCUUGCCAUUUGGAACGGCCACGUCAGCCUUCUGACUGUAGUCGAGUCCGAUGCUAACCGGCUCUUGCCGCUGGCUCUUGCGAAAGAGUUCACAAAUCUUCCCGCCUAUGCGACCGAGUACAAGGGCACCGAUCCCUACGGCAAGAGGGAACGCGAUACAUCAGCCGACAUCAGGCCACUCCCCAAAAGGCUCAAGAGCGGUCUCUCUGACACUCCUGAAGACAAGUCUGACGCCAACCCGGUCGCCAUCACGUCCUCUGACUCUCACCCGGCUCGACCUGCGUCCUCAACCCUGUCUGACAGCAUGGCCAUCGCUGCGCCGAGCUCGCCACCCGACGCCAAUGGCUCUCAAAACUCUCACCCUCACGGGCUCCCACCCACCCCUCUGACGGCUUCGCACCCCGGCGAGCCCUCCUCUGCGAUGUCAAGCCCCUCCGGCAAACCUCCUUUGACAAACUCUGCGGCUGAACCUCAAGAGUUCCCCAUCAAGCUCAGCGGCAAGACGCUCCAGGCGCAGAUCAAUCUCGUUCGCAACGUGUUUGUGAAGCAUGACAAGAGUAACUGGAUUGCACACACGUGUCUCAUCGCAACGGACCUUGACCAAGCCCGCCGCGCGCUUCAAGCAGACCUCUACGCGACCGACGAAGCCUUCAUCAACGGCCGCGACUUGGAAGGCACUCUGUCGUCUCGUGGAUUCACUGCCCCGCGCGUCGACGCGUUCAUUACCAAGGUUCUGAAGGUGCUUGACGGUAUCGCUCUUGCGGAUGAGUUGGAGCAAGGCGGACCCCCCGCGGCGCUGGUUGAAGAUUCCUCGUCGUUGGAAGCCGAGUUGGCGGCGGCGCUUGACGAGUACCCUGAGCAGACGCGUGAAGCCAUGACGGCUGCCGGCAAGGUGUUGGAAUACCUCGACAGGGGUAAGAAUGCUCAGGAAAAGAAGAGGCUCGAUGUGGAGCGCCGCGUUGGUGUGCUCCAAGGCAUGGUGAAGAUUGGAGAGCAAGUGAGUUCGGUUGUGCGCUACCUCUUGACGGACGGGCAGUAG